UAAGCCAUCCGUGGAGAGUGUCAGGCACAACAGCCACAUCAGGUGGACGAGACGAGCAGUAUCAUGGCUUUCAACAAAAUGGUGAUCGUCUUGGCCGCUUUCCUGGCCACCUUAAUCUGCGUGAGCUAUGCGCUCGAAGGCGUCGAAGAGCGUCAGGGUGGUGGACUAGGAGGGCGUGGUAGCUACGGCGGCGGAAGCAACUAUGGCAGCGGUGGCAGCGGUCGUCACAGUGGCAGCGGCUUUGGCGGCGGUAGUAACCACGGAGGGAGCCUGGGUGGCCAUGGAGGAGGUCUCGGCGGAAGCCACCACGGAGGAAGCCAUGGAGGCAGCCACGGCGGCCUGGGUGGUAGUAGCCAUGGCAGCUUUGCUGGACGCGAUGGUUACGGUAGUGGUAGUAGCCUUGGCGGCAGUGGCAGCCGUGGUGGCCUCGGCAACCUUGGCGGAGGUAGCCGAGGUGGCCUCGGUGGCUCUGGCGGAGGUAGCCGAGGUGGUAGUCGGGGCGGACGCUACUGAGCAGGACGACGACUCGUUCACGCGGGCCCUGGGCACCUGUAAGACGGCACCGUUCCUGGCGAAAGUCAGCGGAUGGUGUUUCAUUCCAUGACCGGGCCCUGCUGAUUUGAUGCGCCAGUCUGCUGUCCCAAAGACUGAGACACACUUCCUUUGGGCAUUAAUGCUGUGAUCACCUUUUUUUCUUUUGUUUUAUUUUUGUUCUUUCUGUGUUGUUCGUUUCCUGGCAAUAAAAACUUGUCGACAUCAUUGCUUU